UCAAACGAAACGAAACGCGUUAAUUAUUCUAUAUUUUUUAGGGUCAAAAAGCAUUUUUCCUAUUGAAUUAUUUCAAAAACAAUUAAAGCAUUAUUUAAUUAUAUUAAGAUGUUCCAUGAUUAGUUUGUUCAUAAAUAGUAUUGUUUACUUGUAAGCCAAAGUGUAUUUGCAUUGGUAAAUAGCCUGCUUGUUCGCCGCUUUGUAAAUGCAGAAAUGGCCAAAUCACAAAUAAAUACUAAAUCGAGAAACUAUUCGCGGGAUAAGGAGACGUUUUUAAAGGAUUUGAAGCAGUUUAACGAAAGUAAAAACAUACCGUAUAAAAUACCGGUAGUAAAUGGCAUCGAUAUAGAUUUGUACCUACUUUAUUCACUUGUGCAACAGAGAGGUGGUCUUAGUAGGGUUAAUCAAAAUGAUACUUGGGAGUCAUUUUUACGUCAGCUGAGGCUACCUCAUCCUUGUAUCAAUGGAUCUACUUUACUCAGAAAAAUCUAUGGUACCUAUUUGGAGAAGUAUGAAAAAGCUAAAGGACCACCUCGUCUGGACGAUGAUAAUGAUAUGGAUGAAGAUCUAUCAAGAAGAGGAAGAGGUGGUGGAAUGCCUAGGAUCACAUUUGGUGGAGGCACCUAUAUAUCAGCAUCAGGCGAGCCUCUCCGCACAGGCAAUAAAGUGGCUGGUCCAUCAGAAAGACUGACUUUGUCUUUACUAUCACCUAUGCCUAACGAACAGGACUUUGCUGUCAAUGUGUGCACAGUUCUAGCGGCAGACCACUCUAACAGACUGCCUUUAAGCACUACUCCUCAUAUAUUGGACUUCUUACUAGCUCAUGCAGGAGUUUAUAACCAUUCAAGUCUUAGAGAUACGAUCGGCCGAUCAUACUUUGAAGCCCGAGGCAGAUAUCCUCAUGAUUUCUGGCAGCUUAGAGCAGGAGGUGGUGGAGCUAAGGAGCUGGCGGAUGAGACCAAGUUCAUGCAACCUGGCCUAGAGCAGCCUGAACUGAUGGUGCAGGCGUUGGCUGCUCAUAACACACUGACUGACUGUUUGAUGCAAGGCGGGGAGGAAGAUGAUAGCUUGGAGAAGGUUGUUGAGGAGGAUCUGCUAGAAGACUGGGUGACGGAACCAUCGGAGGAAGACCAGCUCUUCGCACCAGAGCUAUCAGGUGGAGCGAGUUGCGUGUACACACAGCGUGUACUGCAGAUUGCGUCUAUCGUACGCUCACUCUCUUUCCACGAUGAAAACGUGCAGUAUCUCGCCAGGAACACCACGCUUAUAAGGUUCCUGUUGCUAUGUGCAAAUUGCUGGGUGGGAACAUUGCGCCAAAGUGGUUUGGACACGCUUGGAAAUGUUUCUACAGAACUGAUUAUUAAGGAUCCGGCAACAUGUUUAAUAUCUCGGCACGUGAUAUCAACUAUCCAAUCAGCGCUUGUAUCGCAGGACCGCGCGAGAGUCCUAGCAGCUUUGGAGCUGCUCAAUAAAUUGGCUCAAAACGAGGCUAACGAGGAUGCUUUGCUAAAAGCACUGGAAGCUAAGGUGUACAGUGACGUAUGCGCAUUGCUAACUCUACGUGACAUCAUGGUGUUGGUUUGCACGUUGGAAUGCGUGUACGCACUGACGGCGCUAGGCGACCGCGCGUGUGAGGCGGUCGCUAGAGUUCCCGGCCUACUGCAAACACUGGUCUCCUUAGUUACGGUCGAGGCGCAAAGCUACGGGCCCCGCGCGUGCAUACUAAUGCGCGUAGUGGAGACCGUGAGUGGGCCGCAAGCCGUCGCCGCUGUGAGUGAAGCCCCGCCACACCAAGCCCCAGCUACGCAAUCGCAACCAACUACGCCGUCGAAACCAACAGCAGAGCCCCCGCCCUUAGCCGCGGCAUCCAACCCCACACCCUCGGCCGUGCCUGUCUCAGCGCCGAUGUCCACUCUGCAGCAAUCGCACAUACAGCAACGAACUGUGCAAGAAAACGAGCAUUUCGUGCAAGCGUGGCUGCGUGCCACGUACGAGGCUCUACCGCCCAAUGACAACAGCACAUGUGACGCGGCGGACGUAUACAGACAAUACCUGAACUGUUGCACUAAACUGUCGCGGAAAGGAGUCAUUGCGCCUGCGCACUUCCCAAGACUUGUUAGAACUGUAUUCGGAGGCACAGUGGGACCUAAUACUAUAAGCACAUCGACUGGAGAAACUCAACAUGUGUACAUCGGCAUACGACUGAAAAAUCCGCCCAAUAGGACCAAUCCACCUGCUGCAGGCCCAUCGUCGCCCAUCCUGAAAGCUCAACUGACGAAUAAGCCAGCCGUAAGCGAGCCCAAGCCACCGCCGCCGCAGCCUCAGAUCCAACAGCAACCACCCCAUCCAGUGCUAUCGCAGGCGUUAGAGUCGACUCCGUCCAACACGUCCCUCAUCAAGCACCUGUUAGCGCACAAAGUAAGCCCCGCACCCGCAUCGCACGCGCAAGUUGCGCAACGACAACAGAGUCAACAGAGAGUGGGGCCGGCACAAGCCAGUACUGUGUUGGUUCAAUCUAAUCAGGCAAGUAUGGAGGUGGACCCAGAAGCUCUCAUCAAAUGCACCACAAUAAUUCCGGGCGGAGGAGUUACUACCAGUCAAACUAUGCAAGGGGACAAGAUGAUCGUGAGCGCAGUUGAAGAAGUUUUAGUUCCGAAAGAGGAGCCGAUACAAAUUCAGAUUGACGAACAGGCACAGUUGACUAUCAAAACGGCUCAAAACAAAAUGUUAGCAGACCUCCUAGAAAAGAAAUCCAAUCCCCCAGUACAAGUUGUACCAAUGGGCCAACAGAUCAACGCACCGACCAUACAAAUAACUGAAACGGGACAAAUAGUACAAGUCAAAUCCGAAAACCCGCUCAUACAAAUCAAUACAGACGUGCAACCGAGCGCGCCUUUCUUCCAAAUCAAAAACGAACAAGGCCAACUGAUACAGAUUAAAAAUGAUCAAGGACAGAUAAUACAACUCAAAAAUGAUCAACUACAAGGUGUACUUCAAUUCAAGAACGAUCAGGGUCAAAUUGUCCAGAUCAAAAAUGACCAGUUGGUCCCUCAAAUUGUUCAGCAAAGUGUCAUUCAAAGUGUGAAGUCGGAGAAGGACCAAAUGAUUGAAACUGUGAUCACUGAUCAUUCGUAUACGGAACCCCCGAGUAAGAAAGUGAAGAUUGAGGAUAAAUCUGAGAGCAAUUCUCCACAAGAGAGCGUGUCGAAAACUGCAGCAAAUCUGUACGCGGCGAUCGCGGCCUCUGCUCUCGAGGACGAAGAUGAUUUGCGACCCCGUGGGAUCAUAUUGGCUGGUGCUUUGGCUAAGGUACAACAACCAGCCAUGCAAGUGCAACAACCCACGCUGCAAGUGCAACAACCAACACUGCAAGUGCAGCAACCGACUUUGCAAGUACACCAGGCUUCAGCUAUGCAGAUGCAACAACCAACUUUACAAGUACAACAGCCGAUGCUCCAAGUACAACCGAUGGACGUACAGAACAUUCUCGCUUCGCAAUCGGGACAGAUUAUAUUACAAGAAAAGCAGAUGCCAUCCCAAACGACGCAGUUCAUGCAACAGCCGAUGCAACUGAUCGCAACGCCAGGCACCUCGCAGGGUGGUCUCAGCUACAUAGCGCAAAACAUACCCGGUAAUAUGAUGCAGAAAACUAUCAUUAUUGUACAAGGCACCGGCGGUGGACCGCUUACUUUAACGGUGAACAACCCGGCUGGUCUCGACGAGGCGACGCUAAACAGCCUUAUUGCGCAGGCCACAGAGGCGAUAACCCAACAGCAAAUCAUUCAGAAUUCGGGGGUGAUUCAGUCGACGCAAAGGGUGAUAGUGAGCCAACCCACCCUCGUCAGCACUUCUCAGCCCAUAGCCAUGGUGAAAACCACCUUCACACAGAACGCGCCACAGAUAACGCCGAGUCAGCAACCAAUAAUAACAACCCAGCCGCAACCUCAUAAAGCUCAGAUAGUCAACCAAGCGCCAACGCAACAGAUCGUUGUAACCCAAAAACAACCACCCGCUUUAAUAAGUACGUCAACCAACAACCAAAUUAUCGGUAACCAGAUAGUUGGGAGCAACCAGCAGAUAAUUCAAGGCAACCAGCAGUUAUUACAAGGCAACCAGCAGAUUAUAGCAGUGUCAAACAACCAGCAAAUUAUAGUGAACGCUCCAAUGAAGCAAGGCAUGCAUAGAGUGGUGCAGCAACCACAGAGGAGCCAGGUUGCGGCUGCACCGGUAACCAGCACGGCGUCCACUGGUGACAUUAAGAGUGGCGCGACACAGAGCAUGAAGAGCCAGCAACCGGUUAUGAGGCAAGUUAUAACUCGACAGCCAGUUAUGGUGGGCAAUACCAAGAUUGGCGAUAAGGAGAUGGUCAUCACGCAACCUGUUACAGAGACCAAACCACCACCCCUCAAAAAAACAGUGACUCCGCCGCCUCAACCCUUGCCCGCUGGCGCUGAAGAUACUCCGUGGAUUUGUCAUUGGCGGGGAUGUGGAAAAAUAUUCUCGAACGCAUCGGAAGUAUUCAGUCACGCGGCGCGCACGCACUGCCCCAAUACAGCGGGCGGCGAGGCGCCUUGCAUGUGGUUGGACUGCGAUAGAGUGCCGCGGCGUACCUUUGCCUUGCUCAACCACCUCACUGACAAACAUUGCAGCCCACACGCACUCAAAGCGAUAUUCAACUCGCGGCGUCACAUAGCGGCGGAGGCCGAAGCCAACAAGCCUGUCUCCGUGGGAUACCCGCCCAACGCGGCGUUAGCGGCAUUGAACAAACACGCCACCGAUACUCUGAACCCGCGGGAACUUAUGUCACUAACCCGCGCGCGCGCGCAGCACCGGGACGAUGUGAGUUGCACGCCGGACCAAUUGGAUGAAAACGAGGGCCCGGUCACGAAAAGUAUACGGCUUACAGCUGCACUCAUAUUGAGGAAUAUCGUUAUUUACUCCAAUACUGGUCGAAGACUGCUCCGUUCAUUCGAAGCGCAUCUAGCAGUAAUAGCGCUCAGCAACGUGGAAGCUUCUCGAACGAUCGCUCAAGUCCUGUACGAUAUGAACAACAUUUGAGAAUCGCUCGACGGACUGCGGUCCGCCAAUAACUAACUGACUGUUGUUUUAUAUUGUGUGACGCAGUAAAUUAAAGUUUUAUAAACCACGGUUAAUUCGGCAUACUUAGUGGUAAAUAAAUUGAGUAAAUGCCCAGGAUCGUGUUUUGGCGGACUGAAGGAGGCGUGAGGGAAUUUCUACCGCGAUCAUACGUUUGGUUGAUGAGUUGACCCUUGUUUCACACGAUGCGCCUUUCUCCCAUUACAACGCUUUUUGUUCAAAUUUUUGGCCGACGCUAUCUUUAUCGCUCUCUCUGUCUCUAAGAGGAUUUGGCCCAUGGUUGAGAUCUAUAAAGCGCACUUGGACUUUGCCCAGACUUAAGACAUUGUUUAAACGAGACAGCGUUAUAUCGCUGGCAUCUAUCUCGUUUUAACUGAAACUUAUGAGCAAACUCAAAGUACGCUCUGUCAGAUCUCAGCUUAACACUAAAAGCUACCAAUGCCAGUCUUGCUCCACGUGUCGUGUAUUUUUCAAAAAUGUUGAUAAGUGAGUGUAAAAAAUCUGUCACAGUAAAAUGGACCUAAACUCAAUUGUUUUAAAGUUUGAAUUUGGCCAUUCAUGACUUCAGUCUAGUAUACUAAAUGGGGUAGCAUACUUUGUAGCAUUUAAUAUUAUCGUCGAUUAGUGUCGCAAAUUAUUUUUACACUAUUUAACUAGGUUAAUAUUAAAAAUUAAACGUAGAACAAAAGUUGUACCUAUGUACUUACCUACUGAUUAAUAUAGUAUUUUCCUAAUUCUAAUAAAAAGAUAAUCAUCUCUACUGUGUACUACGGUAAAAGUUUCAUCAAAAUCCGUCCAGUAUUAUUUGAGUUAAAAAGAGCUCCUGUCUUAAUACAUGAGAUGUUACGAAAAACUUUGCAGUUUUUGGACUUAUUCCGUUUAUUCACCCAUAAACAACCACCCUAGGGUGUAUACUCGGAAACGUGUCCGUUCUAUCUUCCCUGCACUGAAAAUGAUAUACAAAUUCGCCGUGUGGCCACCCCACACACCAAAACCAACACAAGUUUCCGAGUACCUAUACACCGUAAGGUGACUGUUUUAGGCCGAAAAAAGAAAAAAAUCGUUUUUUAUUUAUCCCUUGCCAUGUUUUCUUAAUACUUCUCCGAGUAUACACCCUAGGGUGACUGUUUUAGGGUGAAUAAAUGGGGAAAAGCCGUUUUUUAUUCAUCCCUUACCAUGUUUUCUUAAUACUUUUGUAAAUGACAAUAAGUAAUAUUGUGAACUGUAAAUUAGGUGUAUCAGCAUUAUUAACAGUGACAGUUCGAAUUUACACAUUUUGAAGCUCAAACAAUCAGUCAAGCUCAUCCACGGAAAGAAGUUAGUAUAACGCUCUCUCUGUUACGUAAUUCCAUACAAAUGACAGAGACAAAAAUCUGAGUGGGCGUUUAGAACCGCCCACAGAAUUAACAGCGUGAUUAGCGUUAAUCAUUUUGAGUCCCCAACCAUUCACUAUAAUAUAAUAUAUAGUUAUACUGACUUAUUUUUAUGGAUAGUUAUAUAGAACAACUAAGUAAUAAGUAUAUUAAUUAAAUAUUAAUAGAUCUGAAGUGAACUCCCUGUACAAAACAACUGUCCAAUGUGCAACAAUUUAAUCAGUGAUGUAGCUACCGAUAAUGUUUCAUUGUAUUGAUUGUAUGUUGGUACAGCAAUACGUAAUAUUAUGUAAGAUAGAGAGUUAUAAGGAAAAUUUUGAAAUAAAUAAACUUAAUAUUGAAU